AUGGGCACUCGAUGCUAUGCGACCUCAAACUUGGGAGGCACCGAUGCAUUUAUCCAUCCAUCGACAUGGACCGAACGCAAACACAGCACGCCGAAAAACACCACUCCAGCUCAUCUCCGCUAUCCAUCCACAGCGCUUCAGACCGUGGUGACUUUUACUCUGGUAGCCGCCUUUGAAGCCACUAUCACCUCGCUGCUCACAAGGGUCAUGCACGCACGUUGA